AUGGAUCUGGGUGCCUGCACCUUAAUUCAUGAUCCUGCUUUGAAAGCAGAUUAUCGGAGAGAUCCAGAUAGGAAAAAGUACGCCUAUGAGUUGGAUGCUUUGGAGCACCUACAAGCGUUUAUUCGAGACAGUGAUCACCGGACGGAAUUGGCCAAAGCUAAGUUACGGGAAACUCAAGAAGAGCUAACUGAUGAAGCACAACAGAAGGCAGAAAAAAUUAAUGCGUUGAGUGAACAAAUCGGUACCAAGUUGGCACGUGCAGAACAGCUUGGCGCUGACGGCCACGUAGACGAAUCACUUGCACUUAUGAAAGAAGUCGAGGAGUUGAACAAAGAAAAAGCCAAGAAUGAGUCUGAGCUUCGAACAGCUAUACCCACAAGUACUUAUCAACAACAGAAACUGCGCGUCUGUGAGGUUUGUUCCGCCUAUCUUGGGAUACAUGACAACGAUCGCCGUCUCGCUGAUCACUUCGGUGGUAAACUUCACUUAGGAUUUAUUGAGAUUCGCGAAAAACUGGCGGAGUUGCGACAAGUCGUACAGACGGAGCAAAUUGUCCGUAGACGACGAUUUGAAGGUUACAACCGCUCAACCUUCAGUCGUGAAGUCGAAAAACAACGGGAAUCCAGUCGUCACCGUGAACGAAGCAGAGACCGAAAACAUCGAUCGCGCAGUCGUUCUCGCAGUCGCAGCCGAUCUCACAGCCGACACCGCAGCAAACAUCAUUCUAGCCGAAGCAACGGUAGACAUUCUCGUGACCGUCGCUAUCGCUCAUCCAGGGACAGAAGUGAAGACCGCUAUUAA